GGAUUAAAGAUUCAAAGGAUAAGGUUAUACCAAACACGUUCUUAAUUCCCCCUCUCCUGUUUUGAAUUCCGCACCAAAAUCCUAAUCCCUUCAGAGCUCAACCAUGGGAUUAGCUUCAGUCAUCCACCCCGGCAUGCCUAGGCUCUCGCCGGCGCCGAAUUGGACUCGCCUUCAACUUGCGCACCAUCAUAUUAUAGGUUUUCGCACAGUUGUUCAUAGUCGUGGAGCUGAGUAUUUUCCAAUUGCCUGCUCCAGAGGAACCGAGCAGGAAGAUCACUUAUCUACCUCAGAUAGCAAGGGAAUCAGUUCUCAGUCAUACGAUGACAUUAUCCACACUGACUCCUCUAACACCCCCACUUCAGUCAGUAAUCUAGAAAAAACUCAGGGGCAUGAAACUUACGUCUCCUCUGUUAAAACUGUUGCCUUGUGGGUGUGCACUGCAGUGGCAUUUGGCAUUGGUUUAGGUUUGAAAGAUGGAGUUGGCAAGGCAUCAGAGUUUUUUGCUGGGUAUAUAUUAGAGCAAAGUUUGUCAGUGGACAACCUGUUUGUCUUUGUUCUGGUUUUCAAGUAUUUCAAAGUGCCCAUUAUGUAUCAGAAUCGGGUACUUUCAUACGGUAUUGCUGGCGCAGUCGUCUUUCGUUUGACUCUGAUCCUACUUGGAACGGUCACCCUUCAGAGGUUUGAGGCAGUAAACCUGCUACUGGCUGCAAUACUCCUGUACUCGUCAUUUAAGCUGUUUUCCGGUGAAGAAGACGACACUGACUUAUCCGACAACUUUGUGGUGAAGACAUGCCAAAGAUUUAUCCCUGUCACAUCUAGUUAUGAUGGCAACCGGUUUAUAACAACUCAGGAUGGUGUGUGGAAGGCCACACCUUUACUUCUCACGGUAGCCGUUAUUGAGCUCAGUGACAUUGUAUUCGCAGUUGAUUCAAUACCUGCAGUUUUUGGUGUUACACGGGAUCCUUUCAUAGUUUUUACUUCUAAUCUCUUCGCCAUCUUAGGUUUGAGGUCACUUUACACCCUCAUUUCUGAAGGCAUGUCAGACUUGGAGUAUUUACAGCCAUCCAUCGGUGUCGUAUUGGGCUUUAUUGGGAGCAAGAUGAUCCUGGAUUUUUUUGGAUUCCAUAUUUCAACUGAGGCAUCUCUUGCUUUUGUAGCCGCUACUCUUAGCACCGGUGUGGUGUUAAGUCUAACGAGUAAGUCUGACUAACAAAAGCAAAUCAAACACAGAGGUGGGCGAAAACCCUGUAUUUUAUUUGUUUAUUGUAGGCACUGGCCAAGCAAUCAUAUUGUCGCCUUUUCUGCCUCUUCAGUUUCAAUUAUUAGGAAUAUUGGAAAGAAUAACUCAUAUUUGAUAUUUAUUUGAUGGUCCAAAAGGAAAAUGACAAUUUCUAUUUUUGCCUCA